GAAAGGAACACCCCAGUUAGUUAUACAGAGACACACCGCUGCUCGAAUUAACGGCUCCGUUGCUUCACGAAUCACCAUUCUCCGGUUUCUGGCUCUACUCUUUCCCUCCAUCUUCUUCUCCUUCUCCUCCGACGGCCCGACCUCUCCCGAAAUCUCGCGAAAACCAGAGCAUCGUCUCCUGUCCUCCUCCCUCUCCUGCGCGGAGUUUUGGAAUUUGUGGGACUUUUCCGGUUGCGAUUCGGAGCGGGCUCGUUCGCGCGGGUCCGGCCGGGGGCCCUGUGAGGGAUCUGCUGCAUAGGGGCGAAGUGGGGAUGCGCUCCUGCGGGGGUCCAGUUUCUCACAGGGGGCACUCCCCAAAUCACACGUCCUGGCCGCGGCCACGGGGAGGAGCCGAGGAGGAGGGAGGAGGAGACGAAUAAUAAAUUGCUGCAAGAAACACCAGGAAGACGUGGAGCAUCAAGGCGGCAAUAAUGGUUCCGCCGCCCAACGCUUGGGCAGCCGUCGUCCUCAUGGCCAUGCUGCUAGCUGUGGUUUCCUCCCACGGCGUGGGUGCGACCAGCGUCUUCCAGGUGCGCCGCAAGUUCCCUCGACUAGGCAGCAAAGGAGGGGGUGAUAUAACCGCCCACCUUACCCACGACAGCAACCGCCGUGGCCGCCUUCUUGCAGCUGCCGAUGUGCCCCUAGGCGGUCUUGGCCUCCCCACUGACACCGGACUGUACUACACGGAGAUCGAGAUAGGGACGCCGCCCAAGCAGUACCAUGUGCAGGUGGACACCGGCAGCGACAUCCUCUGGGUGAACUGCAUCUCGUGCAACAAAUGCCCCCGCAAGAGCGACCUCGGGAUAGAUCUGAGGCUGUAUGACCCCAAGGGAUCAUCUAGUGGGAGCACGGUGUCAUGCGACCAGAAGUUCUGUGCGGCAACAUAUGGGGGUAAGCUACCUGGGUGUGCCAAGAACAUCCCUUGUGAGUACAGCGUCAUGUAUGGUGAUGGUAGCUCCACAACGGGUUACUUUGUCAGCGACUCCCUGCAGUAUAAUCAAGUCUCUGGGGAUGGGCAAACACGUCAUGCCAACGCCAGUGUCAUAUUCGGGUGCGGAGCUCAGCAAGGUGGGGAUUUAGGCAGUACAAACCAGGCCCUUGAUGGAAUUAUUGGUUUUGGCCAAUCAAAUACAUCAAUGCUGUCACAACUAGCUGCUGCAGGGGAAGUGAAGAAGAUAUUUUCUCAUUGCUUGGAUACCAUAAAAGGAGGUGGGAUCUUUGCUAUCGGAGAUGUGGUACAGCCAAAAGUAAAAUCAACUCCAUUGGUACCAGAUAUGCCGCACUACAAUGUGAAUCUCGAGUCAAUCAAUGUUGGUGGUACUACACUACAACUUCCAUCACAUAUGUUUGAAACGGGUGAGAAGAAAGGUACCAUCAUUGAUAGUGGUACAACCCUGACAUAUCUUCCAGAGCUGGUUUACAAGGAUGUCCUGGCUGCGGUUUUUGCGAAGCAUCCGGACACAACCUUUCACAGUGUUCAAGAUUUUCUCUGUAUCCAAUAUUUUCAAAGUGUGGAUGAUGGGUUUCCAAAAAUCACCUUCCAUUUUGAGGAUGAUCUUGGAUUGAACGUGUAUCCACAUGACUACUUUUUUCAAAAUGGGGAUAACCUGUAUUGCUUUGGGUUCCAAAAUGGUGGAUUGCAAUCAAAGGAUGGGAAGGAUAUGGUGCUUUUGGGAGAUCUGGUCCUUUCAAAUAAAGUGGUCGUGUAUGACUUGGAAAACCAAGUCGUUGGAUGGACUGAUUACAACUGCUCCUCUAGCAUUAAAAUUAAGGAUGACAAGACAGGGGCAACAUACACUGUUGAUGCACAUGAUAUCUCCUCUGGAUGGAGAUCCAAGUGGCAAAAGUCCCUGAUCCAGUUGUUGGUAACAAUUGUGUGUAGUUACUCAAUCUACUAAUCCUGAUGUACAACAGAAACUAAAAUUAAUUUUUUAAUGUUCUUUUCACAAAGAGAAAAUUUAGGGCUUUAGAUUGUGUUCUCUGACCAGGGAAAAGAAUGAAAACAAAAAUCAGCAUUGUACACUAUGCAGCGAGACUAUGGGUGAGUAGUUCAAUGUUGUUGUGACUUGUGAGAAAUAUAUGACUGCAAGUAAUCUGGAGGUUCUCCUAAGAAAACUGGGUCUCUGUCUGAAGUUGCUUUCUACAUUCUUAUUUCACUUUCUGUUUGUUUUUUAGACAAAAGACCCUUGGCUCCAUGUUUUUUAUAGAAAGUGUACCGAACUAUAUAAAGGAUUCUGCUGGGAUCACCGGCUUACAGAUAACACUUGACAACCACCAGACCAAAACCAAGGUGUUCCCUACAUUAGCACAAAACAAAAAGACUACGCAACUCAUGCCCACGGCUAGUUAUCUGUACUUAGCAGCACCAGCAGCAGUUGAAAGAGGGUUUAAUUAGCUGCCUCUCAAGAUCAACAGCUUUUUUGUUCAACAUUGUUUUUGAACAAUUCAUACAAAAGAUAGAGCACCGCACACUUAAUCCUAAACUUUGAAUUAUGUUUAUUCAGAGUUAGCAGCAGCUGCUGACAGCUGUGAUGUGGUUAAUAAAUUGGAUUUUAGUUGGUAAACUGCAAAUUAGUUGUAAUGUGCUUUUGCAAAAUAUCAGCGCAGAGAUAACCAGCAGAAGAAAACUACAAUCUUUGAUUUUAGAAGAAAACUAGAUUCCCUUUGUCCAUCCCUAAGCUCCUACAAUGCUGGAGAAUUUGUGAUGCAAGAAGUACAAGAGUGAAGCAAGUAUAGCGAAAAUCAGGCAACCAGAGACACAGGCGUUUGUCGUUAAAGUUUGACACUUGUCAGGAUCAUACGUUUCUAUUGAAGAAGCUUGAUCCAAGUGAGUUUUUUCGGUUAUAGCUCGUGAUUCUAUCACCUGCUGCAGUUGAUCACGGGCUAAUCUGGAAUCAGGACUACAAUGUCUUGAUGACAUAUUGUAAGUUUGGAGAAGAUGGGUGCUCUUGACUGGGCCAAAGUUUUUCAUCAGCACCAAGGGUGGCACCUCAUCAGCUGUAUCUGGCUCCAUGCUGGCCUAAUCCGUUUGUUUGUCAACAUGCUGGCUUAUUAUUCAUCGGAAUCCACCUUGAGCAGUAAUUUGGGUUUGGUAAGCUUCACACAAGUACUGAAUUGGUCAAUCUUGCCAUUUUCACAGCAUGACAUUCUUUCCUGGUUGAAGUACCUCGGUUGACUGUUGUUGUAUGCUAUCUACGAAACUAGUCCUUUUUCCCCCCUCAAUGUAAUUUAUGGUUCAACCAUGGUAAUUCUCUGAGCUGGUUCUGCCUUUCUACAUAUUGGAAACUGUUGUGAAUCUGAAUAGUUUGGGUAUUUGAUUCUACUUUCCUUGAUUCUAUGCAUCGCCUUUGUGUUAGAGCCACUUAGUUAGGUAGCUCGUUAUAUAGUUUUCCCAGGGUUACAACACAAAGGCCAUUGCUUUUGCAGAUUUGAUACUGAUUUUAUUUGAGAAGUAAUGUACAGGUGUGGGCAGUCUUUCUGGAAUCUGGACUUCUUAUGUCAAUGUAUUUAUGCCCAUGUGGAUUUGAGAAUAGGCUGGAUUUACCUUUAUGUUACACCAGAGUAAAUCCUAUGCACUGGCUUCAGUUGUCUCACUUGCAAGAUCGCAUGGGAUCAUCUACUUGCUAUCUGGCUUUGGUGGUAGCGUGCAGUCUGUACUGUUACAGAAUCACUAUAUCUUUGUUGGUGCCUCUGGAGCUUUAACUUUGCUCUAUGCUCUCUGACCUUAUCGUGAAGUGGACUGUUUAUUCCAACAAGGCAGCUGCCCUGUCAUCAUAACUCUUCUGUUUAUAGUAUUGAUCAACCUGGCAAUUUAGAUAGUACCGCAUGCUGAUAUUUUGCGUGCAUUGGUGGAUUUGUGGCUAGAUUCUUCGUUGGCUUUGUGCUGUGCUGGCAAGGCCUAAAUUUGGUUGGAUGAAACGGCACGAGUUGCCUCAGACUAAUCAGCCUCCAAAGUACAAAACAUAGCAGUAUGUUCUGUGGGGCGUGGCACUCCUCUUGCUGUUAGCUGGACAAGUCUCUCCACCAUCUGAAGACCCUGCGAUAUGCUAUUAUAUAGUCCACAUUUCGCUUUGCAGUAAUGUGUGGCUGCCCUGGCGAUGCUUGUCAAUGGGCAAAGAUCAGCAACGAUGGCUGCCACUGGUGCUGCUACCUGAACUGCGUACCGACAUCCGAACGGAGCAUGGUCAAGUUUCCUGUUUGGUUUUGUCCAAAAUACAGAUAUAUUCUACAGGGAACUGAUUUAUGCUAGGCACCUACAUCAAACUUGUGCUUCACAUAGCUGAAUUUGCGCUGUAUCUAUAGAGUGCAAUCUUUCUCCACAAUGUAAUUUGAGCUCUUAUCUGUUGGUGUCUGCGUAAUCCUGUGUUGACUUUUCUCC